AUGUAUUUUCUUGUUCCACUUCUACCUUUAAUAUUUCUCAAUCAUACAUUGUGGAGGCGAACGGUAGAUCGACUUAUUGGCUUUUGGAUUUUUAUGCCAUGCGGUCUUAUUGAAUUUUUUUUUGGUGCACGUGUAACAGUAUCCGGUAUCAAAAUAGACCACAGUGAACCAGCAUUGAUUAUAAUGAACCAUCGGACAUGUUUAGAUUGGCUGUUUUUUUGGAAUGCUUUGAUUCGGAUAGAUCCUUGGCUUUUGACAUCACAAAAAAUAUCUUUAAAGGCAAUAGUGAGACAUUUACCUGGAGCUGGUUGGGCUAUGGCUUUGAACGCUUAUUUGUUUUUAACUCGGCGCCUUGAGAAUGAUCUAGCGCAUAUUGAGGAAAUGAUCGAUUAUUACGCCAAUUCGAGGCAUGCAUAUCAGCUGCUUCUUUUCCCUGAAGGAACCGAUAAAGAUUACCGAGCAACUGAAAAAAGUCGGAAAUUUGCGCUGAAACAGGGUUUAGUCCAUUAUAGUUAUGUGCUUCAUCCUAGAACAACGGGAUUCACAGUAAUAUUGAAAAAAAUGCGACAAGUAGGAUACAUAAAGAACAUAUAUGAUGUGACAGUUGCUUAUGCGGAUGCAAUUGUACAGUCCGAAUUCGAACUAUUUUCCAAUGGUUCUUGCCCGAAGAGUAUUCAUUUUCAUGUGAGUAAAAUCGAUGUCGAUAGUUUAUCCGAAAAUGAUGAACUUAUUGCACUGUGGCUUACGAAUCGUUGGAAGACAAAAGAGGAAAAACUUGCACAAUUUUAUCAUUCCGAUGACGCCAAACACCGAGCUUUUAAGACUGAUUCAAAUUAUGAUGAAGUUUUUGAACUAACAAAAGCCAAAUUUACUGUGGUUUACGGGAUUGUGGUGAUAUUCUGGGUAUUUAUAUCAGUAUUCUUAAUGUAUUCAUUUUUCUACUAUCAUUUGCAAUAUUUGUUAGCAAUAUUGACAAUUACUAUCUUUCUUGGUUCUCAAUUCUUGCUUGGUGGCUUCGAGCACAUUGCGAUUCAAGCAGUUAAACGUUCUUCGCGGUACGAAAAAACAAAACAAAAACGUAUAGCACCUGUCAUCAGGUUUUUUCUGAUUAUCUUCAACCAAGAAGAAUUGCUCAAGAAAUAA